AUGAACGAAUCUGCAAAGCUGUCUAAAGAGGUUUGCGCUAUUCUAGAAGAGAGUUAUACCGACUUUGUUGUGAAUUCCAACAAUGACUUUUUAUCGUUUGCCACCGUAAUUGACUUGCAUUUAUCGGCCCCUCAAAACUAUACUGACGAUGAAAACUGCGAAAUACUCGACAAAUUGUACGAAAUCCUCGACAAGGAUAGAGAAUUGUUGAACAACAUUGGCUGGGAUAUCCCUGAUUUGUUGAUGGAGUAUUUCCCUUCAAAGAGCUUUUUCUUUGUUGCUCCGUUGGCCAAUAACACAAAAUUGCGUUCCAUUUUCAAGACCUUUGAUUUGUUGGCAAGACAUGGUAAUGCAAAAGAAUUGUUCUUAAAGGCUUGCGAGAUCUUAGAGUCUCUAAGCUUCCAAGACGAUGAUCAAUUUUAUCAAUUGUUUAUUGAUGACGCGUUGAAGUCCCAAAUCGAUGAUGAAUUGAGGGAAAAGACUUUGAACUUGAAAUUUCAUACAAUAUUUGAGUUGUUGAACGCGUGCUUCAAAAGAAUCACUACAUUAUAUCCUUCCAAAUUUUUAUUGAUGAUCGCCACCAGUGUUUUGAAAUAUUUUAACAAUAACGUUAUCUUUGUUUCCAAUUCAUCAUUCACUCUUAGGAGAAUUUACACUUUUGCAAGAGACUAUAUCCAACCACAAAAACCAAUGGCUCAGGAUUCGCUAGACGCCGGUGAAGCUGCUAGAAUUUCGCAGGAUGAAGAUUAUCUUCAAGGGAAAGUUCUUCAGUAUGUCAUCACGCAUGGUGUAGAGAUUUCCUGCAAAUAUUACUGUCUGAGUUUCUCGACCCAUUAUUACAAUCAUAUGGUUUCUGAUCUGCUUAACAAAAAAUACCAAACAUCUAAUGAUGAAGUGCCGGCAUCAGAAGAUUAUUCUCAGUACAAAAUCGAAGGGAGCUUAUCAAUGGGAUAUCUUUUGCAAAGGAUCUAUGACUUGGCGUUAUCGUAUGAUAUUGAUGUUGAUGAAAUAGCCCAAAGCCAGCUUAUUAUGAAAACCGAAGAUAUGUUCACUGAACUUUUACAAACCUCGGUUAACCCUGCUAAUGUUAAUGGUAUUCAAGAUCAAAUUUCUGAGAGAAUAUUUGAUACUUGCACAACUAGUUUUGUGAAAAGCUUAGCUGGUAACCUUGAUAACACUGGGAACUCUACAAGCUCAAUAAUUAAAGGCAUCCCGGUUUCUUAUAUCGGUUGUUUUAUGUUAUACAGCUUUAAUCAAUUUUUAAAGUUCGCAGACGAUAAUGAAACAUCGAUAGCAACACUGAAUACUAGCUUUAAACAAUUAGUUUUUCUAUCUCUAAGGUAUCUUGUUCCGAUUAUAAGCAUUCAAGAACAAAUCAAGAAUAAGGAAGCGCCGACAGGAAGAAAGAAAUUUUUGAGUUAUGAUGAUAAUUCUAAAAAAGAUUAUGAGGAUGAGGAAGAGGAAGAGGAAGAGGAAGAGGAAGAGGAAGAGGAAGAGGACGAAACAGAAGAAGAAACAGAAAAUAAGGAGGAGAAAAAAGAAAGAGAAGAAAAAGAGGAAGAAACUGCUAAAUCACUUGAGGUCUAUUAUAGUAACAUGAAUUCUAAUUUUAGAAUUAAUCGUGCAAAUUAUUUCCAUUCCAUUCAAGAUAUUAUGAUUUCUUGGUCAUGGUUUAUUCUUUCAACGUCAUCGACUGAAAAAAUUUCCAGCGAAAUUUCCAGCCUCACCAAAACUCUCACUCCGAAUGGUUCGUUCAAUAUUAUGCAAAUUUUUGUCAAGAUUUACCUUCAAUGUCUUAUUUCAAUUACUCAAAAAUUGCCAGCUUCCGAUGCCAGUGAACUUGAUGUCAAAAAAUAUAUGAACUUCAAGAAGAUUGUUAUGACUUACGUGAUCAGACUUUUGUCUAUGAGUGAUGAGCUAUUCAGUUGGGAUUUUGUUAUGAGUAGCCUCGAGAAUUGCCCGUAUUUGAGUGUGAAGGUGGAAUUGAUAAAUGUAUUGAAAGAUCUAUGUAUCAGAAGAAAAGUGACCGAUGGUUCCUAUUCUGUAUCAAGACCAAAUUCUUCAAGCCCAGCUCAUGUGCAGAAACAGGAUAACAAGAAUCAAGGAGAAGGAUCGUCAAAGAUUGAAGCAUCGAUUAAAAACCUUGCUAUCGAUGAACGUGCCACUGAAUCACCAGAAUUUUUGAAUGGUGGAUCAACGAAAAAAAGUCCCCCAGUAUUGCCGCCGCGUACCCUCGGUCCUUAUUAUAUCAAUUUGACUGAUGGAAGAAGAAUUCGCUUAUUGAGAGAAUUAAACCAAACCCUCACUGCGCUUUUUGGAGAAGAUGGUGUAUCAAGCGAUGAAGGCACAAUUGUACCGCACCAUGAAUUGGUUAACCAAAGAGUUGAUGGAGAAGCUAAAAAAAGAGAAGCUUCGGAUACUGAUACCAUGCAGUUGUUGUUGACUUACUUAAAUUUGGUAUAUUGUGUCAAGGAACAGUUUCUUUUGGACGAGUUGAAGGAUUUGAAUGAACGUAUUGCAUCAUGCGUGGGGCAAUUUACUGAUACACAAAUUGAGGAUAAUAAUGUUGUGUUACUUGGGUUGUUUAAUGAAUCUUUAAAGGUGUUCACGGAAUCCAAACAGCCAAGCACAGCAUAG